AUGCGGUUGUUUCUGGUGCUGGUGGUGGUGACGGCGGUCACCGGGAAGAAGCUGCCAGAGUUUUUCCGUGAGAAGGAUGGCAGCAUUCGAGUUCUGUGCCAGAGGGAAAUGUCUGACGAUUUGAAGGACAGCCAUGAUGUUUCUCUUAUUGUGGCCAACGAAGAUUCCCAGGCGGCACCAGUGUCGCUGACUAAAACAGAUGACGGACAAUGGAAGGUUGUUCUCAACAAAGUGAAGACCAAACAUGGCGGUGUUCUGAACUACGUGCUUCAGUACCACAAGUUUAACACACUUCACCAACUUGCGAGGUCUACUGAAGUCUUCAAUUUACCGGAACUUCCGCCAAGUCAACGGUUUUUGCAGAGGAGGGCGACGGUGGUUUUCUUCGACGACUUCAGUUCCGGUAAAGUGGACCCCAGCAAGUGGCAGCACGCCAUCACAGGCGACGGUGGCGGGAAUCAUGGGUUCAGCAUGUACACACCGGAAGCCGCCAACAGCUACGUCAAAGAUGGCGUCUUGUACAUUCAUCCCACGCUCACGGUUGAUCGUUUCGGAGCAAAUUUUUUAUCUAACGGCAACCUGGAUGUGAAAGCCAUCUGGGGGUCCUGCACGGACAACGCAAGAAGUGGCUGCCAUCUGCAAGGACACAGCAUCCCGCCCAUCAUGUCCGCCAAGCUCAGCAGCACGCAGCACAUCCGGUACGGCAAGAUCGAGGUCGUCGCUAAACUGCCGAAGGGCGACUGGCUGUGGCCUGCGAUUUGGAUGAUGCCCACUGAGAAGCACUACGGCGGGUGGCCGGCGUCCGGGGAGAUCGACAUCAUGGAGGCGAGAGGCAACCUUCAUUACCACUCCCCUGAGGGCUGGACUAUGGGGGCUGACGUGGACUACUCCACGGUGCACUAUGGGCCUGCCUGGAACAACAAGAAAUCCUUUGGAAGCCCCUACACUUUAAGAGGAACAACAUUUGCUGAUGCUUAUCAUACCUUCUGGAUUGACUGGACCCAAAACUAUAUCAAGAUUGGCGUGGAUGACCACACCUCCAUAGCCCACAACACUCCCGCUGCCGGCUACUGGCACGAGGGGCAGUUCUCUGGGACCAACAUUUGGGCCAGUGGUGGCAAGGAUGCGCCCUUUGACAGACCUUUUUACCUGAUCCUCAGCCUGGGUGUGGGAGGGGCCUGGUUCAACCACGCCAACACCAACCAGCCCUACGCCCAGCCCUGGUCAGACGGAGGUUCGGACACCGCCAUGCGAACGGCCUUCUGGGACGCGCGCCAUCUGUGGCAGGCAACGUGGCAUGGCGAUGACGUGGCCAUGAAAGUCCGCUCUGUGAAGAUGACUCAGUACUAGUGGCACGUGGAGCUGCUGGACGACUGGAAAACACUUUGAGGCUUUCAAAAAUAUUCCUAAAUUGUAUGAUUGGAUUAAUAAACCAUUUAGAAGUUGAUUCGUGGGAUUACGAGGAUGUUAGGGGAAUUCUGGGCACUAGGUUUAGUUCUUUGGGACCUGUGGUAGCAUCGAGGUCAGAAGAUUGGAAACGAUUGGAAGAGUUUAAUGGUAUGUGGACAUUCGCUUUCUGUGAUGUGGGGAGGGGGAGGGGAGGUGAGCAAGGGAGUGAGGGAGCAAAUGUGAAAACGUGUGCCAGCAAACAAUGUGAGAGUUUAUGAAGAAUAUUGAGACUUUCAAAAAGCAUACCAAUGCAGAGAACUAGGAAAAACCCACAAUACCAAUUAAAGGUUAAUAAUUACAAUACUUAGGGUUAAAAAUUAAAAUACUAAGGAAUAAUACAUUACAUUACUCCGGCUUCUAUAAGAUUACAUCACUGAAGGGAGAUAAUGAUGAAAACAGUACAAAAACAAAGAAUAUUUACCAAUCAAGAGUCAAAAUUUUAAUAUGGAGGGUUAAACAUUGCAAUACUGAGGGUUAAACCCUUAGAGCACUGAGAUUUAGAAAAAACUACAGUGCUAAGGGUUAUAUUGCCACUCGGCUGCCACUAGUAUCAUAAAUUUGUGCUUUUAGUAAAAAGACUUGGUACAGACUUGUUUCAUGUCUGUAGCUCUCUCCCCAUGUGAGGUAACUUAAGUGUGUAAUAUGAGCAGCUCUGAAAUAAUAAACAUCUCUCCAGCGACACAGUCUGUUCCUUUUUUUAGUCUCAUCUCUCUCUCUCUCACACACACAUGGGUAAGUCAGACAUGGUUUAGUCAGGAACUUGCUGUGUUCUGUUACGAGCUGCUGAUAAAUGCAGAAAACAUUCAGUUUGCUGGACUUUGGAUGUACUGUAUUUACUGUCAUGAACUUCGGAAUAAAAAUACUCUGAAUCUGAAAGGAGUGUGUGCCAAGAGUGAGGUGCUGUGUUUUCUGUAAGUGUAAUGUUUAAUUCUGAAGCACUAAAUUGUCUAUACAGUGUAUGUAAAUAAAAGUAUCUUCAAACAUUUUAA